GGUAAGAAAGACGAGAAAUCAAGUUGGCUCUUUCCACCACCUUAACAGGCUGUCUGAAAACAGAUUUUAGAAUGAGAUAUUAUAGGUUAGCAAAAUAUCUACUCCUAGCUGGAUUAAUGGCUUUUUUAGUGGAAACCCUUUUGAACAUCGUAUAUGACUCCGAGGAAAAAAGAAUCAGUCGGCACACGCCGAUUGCGGAGGACUUGUACAAAGUUGUAUCACCGUCAACUUAUGAAUACAUCUUGAACCAACCUAUAGCGUGUGAACACAAUCCGGAUCUGGUAUUGAUGGUUCCGGUAGCACCUGGUGAUAGCGGGUCGAGGGACGCCGUUAGGAAUUCGUGGGGACAGCGAGAUUUGGUCUCUAACGUCAAAAUGGUCAAACUCUUUUUCGUCGGUGUCUUGAAAGGAGAAGAGGGAGAGAAUGCAAUAAACGCUCUGGCCGAAGAGAACUUGAAGCAUGCUGACAUCAUUCUGAUGGACUUCUUGGACAGCUAUCACAAUCUGACUGUGAAGACUAUGAUGAUGAUGAACUGGCUUGUCACUUAUUGCCAGAGUGCCUCAUAUGUUAUGAAAAUUGAUGCAGAUAUUUUUUUAAAUGUUUAUUACCUCAUCAACAUGUUGCCUUUUCCUGCAAAAAAGAAUUACAUCAUUGGCUCAGUCAUCAAUGAUGGCAUGCCUCGUAGGGAUGAAAAAAGCAAAUGGUAUUUGUCAAAAGACAUCUAUCCAGAUACUUCAUUUCCACCCUAUGUUUCGGGGGCUGGGUAUGUUUUCUCAGCAGACCUUGCAGCAAAGAUAUCAAUGGCUUCAAGAUUUGUGCGACCAAUUCCAUUAGAAGAUGUCUAUGUGGGAUUAUGUCUGAAUAUACUGGGUGUCAGGCCUGUAUAUGGCAGAAGCAUGUUUUGGCUGCGAAAUCUCUUUGAAGUACGUCACCUGGACUAUGACAGAUGUACUUUUGCCAAACUUGUCCUAGUUGUAGACUUUCCUCCAUCUGAGCUCUUGAAAAACUGGCCAGAUUUUCAAAAAAACAAUGGUACAUGUUAAUAGCCUGCAUGUACAGCUGUUUGUGACUUGUGUGACUUAUGACUCAAGUAGCAUUACACUGAAUACUAUUAUAAUAAUAAUAAUUAUUAUUAUUAUUAUUCAGAGUUGUUGUUUCCUUGUGAAGUUUGAUUACAGGGGAAUCCAAAUUAAGGAUAUGCAAUCCAAAUACCUCUUUUGCAUUCCCAAAUGCUGGAAUGGUGGUUAAGCAUGUAAGUUUGUUUCUCUAUGAUAUGCAAUCCAAAUACCUCUUUUGCAAUCCCAAAUGUCGGAAUGGUGGUCAGGCAUUUAAGUUUCUCUUUGGGACCUGUGGAUAAUUCUACCUCAAUAUGUAUUUAAAUGCAAAUGUGUAAAUAAGUGCCUUGUUUUAUUUGCCUUAACUUCCAAAUAAUAUGAUAUGUGUA